AUGGCUCCCGCGGUUGACAUUAUCUCCCAAUCUGUAGUGUUCGAUACUGCUAGCACUGACAUUUCGUUGAGGAAGGGAAAUUACUCUCGUUACAUUCGAGAGCCUUUAAAAUAUUCCGGGGCUCUAGACAAAUACAAGAGCUUCGAUGUCACACCGACCAUAGGUCGAGAGUUCCCUGAUGUCCAGUUGACAGAUCUUCUGAACAAUGACCAGACCCUCCGAGAUCUAGCUAUCACUGUGUCUCGUCGUGGCGUCGUCUUCUUCCGGAACCAAGACAUAAACUCCGACCAGCAAAAGGUUCUGGGACAGAAGCUUGGCGAGUUAACUGGCAAGCCCGCCACUUCUAAGUUGCACCGUCAUGCCGUCAAUAACAGCAAGCGGAACAUUACCGUAAAUGAGGGAAAACUGGAUGAUGAAAUCUCUGUCAUUUCAUCUGAGAUUAACCGCAAGCUCUACGGUGAUCGGUUUAAAAGCUCCUCGCACCAUUUAGCUAGUGAAGGUUGGCAUGCCGAUAUCACCUUUGAGAAUGUCCCAUCCGAUUAUGCGAUUCUCAAAAUUACAGACUCUCCAGAAGAUAACCCGGGUGGUGACACUCUCUGGGCGUCUGGAUACGAGGUCUAUGACAGGUUGUCAUCUCCGAUUCAGCAAUUGGCAGAUACCCUCAAGGCCGUCCAUUACCAGCCAAGGUUCAACCAAAUUGCUAAGGAGCAUGGUAUUGAUCUCAUUGAAGGUGAUCGUGGAGCUCCAGAAAACACUGGCUAUGAAUUCAAGGCUACGCAUCCUCUCGUUCGUACCAACCCGGUGACCGGAUGGAAGAGUUUAUUUGGAGCAGCUCAUCAAGUUGAGCAUGGAUGGAUUGAGGGGGUUACUCCGCGGGAAAGUGAAAUUUUGAAGCAAUAUUUCAAUCAACUCAUUGCCGAGAAUCACGAUCUCCAAGUCCGUUUUAAAUGGAACACGAAUGAUGUUGCCAUAUGGGACAACCGGUCAGUCUUCCAUACUGCAACAAAUGAUUAUAAGGGCAAGCGUCAGGGGAAUAGAGUCGUUUCAUUGGGUGAAAUCCCAUACUACGACCUUGCCUCUACCUCGAGACGAGUGGCACUAGAAGCGGAAUUGGGAGCUUUUUGA